AUGGAAGUAGAGAAUAAUACAGCCCUUCCCUUCUUGGAUGUUUUGGUUGAAAGGAAACCAGAUGGCACUUUAGGACAUCGAGUAUACAUGAAGUCAACUCAUACAGACAUAUAUCUGAAUGCGGAGUCCCACCACCAUCCAGCCCAGAAACAGGGGAUCAUAUAUACCUUGAUUCAUCAAGCGCGGAUCAGCGAGCCAAGACACUUGGCCAAGGAACUAGAACACCUACACACAGCCCUGAGAGGGAAUGGCUACAUAUCGAACGAGCCAUCAGGAGGAAACAUACGUCCAUGGAGAAACGAGAAUAAAAUCAGGCAUCUUUUGAAGAAGAUGAACACAGUAUUCAGCCCUGUAAAGAAAGUGACGGCAGCGUUUCCAAAGACCUGCAACAACGACCAGCUCCAGGGCCCCGGUGUAUACAGUGUUCCUUGCUCUUGCGGAAAGGUCUACAUAUGA